AUGGCGCCCGCCAACGGCUCGUCCAAGCCGCGCAAGCCCGCUGGUGCUGCCGCUGGUGCUGGUUCUGCUCCUGCCGCGCCAGUUACGACGACCAGCAAGCCUGCGCAGAAGAAGCUCGUCGCGCCCGCCCUGCCGUUGCCCUACGUCAAGCGACAAGCGGCGUCGGCCGCCCCUGCUGCUGCUUCUCACGCGAACAAGGCGGAGGUUAAAACUCAGGACGCAUCCGACCAGGGAAAGCAGCACAAGCUCAACGACAUCAACAAGUCUCGCAAGGACGACAGCUCCAAAGUUACUGGUGCGGAGCCAGCGUUGGUCGCCAAUGGAGCCGAGCUCGCGAUCCCUUCGCGGGCCCCGACCAAACAAGUGCCAAUCCCCAACAAGCAGCCACAGUCGCCCAACACCGAAUCAUCCAGCCGAGGCUCGACCGAAGCUGCCGCGACCGCGAUACCAGUUAGCAACGCAGAAGCCAGCGCAAACGGUAACGCGGAUGCGUCAGUAGGCCUCGCUGAUCAACGAAACCAUAAGCCUGGUGAGUGGCGUUGCCGUGCAGCUUCUGCCCACAGCUCGUUUGAUGCUAACUCGGGUCUGGCAGCAGCCAACGCGGCGAACAACAAAGCUCUCAAGUCUCGACCCCCUCCGGCCGUCUCGCCCACUAGAUACCACAUGCCUCCGCCUUUCCAACCUGGCAAUAGGAUGCCUGCCAUGCAUGCCCACGAGGACGGACCCAGGGGCCCUCGACCGCCUGGCCCCAACGGCCACGCCCAUAUGCACCACCAAGCCCAUCCGAGCAACAGCAGCUUGCAUUUUGGCGGUUUCCACGAAUCUCAGAGCUCUAGCCCGGCACCUCCUCACUCUGGCGGUAUUGCCCCCCCUCCGGGCAUGUCCUUUCCAGGUGGCCGCCAGCCGUUCGUCGGCCCAGGUGGUAACGGCUUCCCGCCAAUGAUGGCGUACGGCCAAGACAUGAUGCCGGUGACGACAUUUGACAAUUAUGGAAGACCUUCUAUGGCAUAUGCUCCUCCAGAGUCGUACCCGCCUUACCGCAACAAUUACAAUCCCUCAGCACCACACAGCUUCCACGACUCUCAUUCUUCCCUGGAAGAAUUCAACCAGCAGUACGGCGGUGGUCGAGUACCUAUGCGCAAUGGCGGCCCUGUCGUGGAAGAACAGCAGAUGCAAGGAAAUGCUGGUCGCAUGUUUGCCCCGCCCGACUUUCAUCGCAUGAUGCCCAAUCCGAACAUGCCGCCUCAGAUGAUUCCCCCGAGCGAUGAUGCCGACCACCUGGCCGCAUACACUCAGCAGCAGUUUGGAAACCCAGAGCUGUCUGACUGUUCCCUUGAACUCCGCUACCUAGAUGAUCGGGCACCACCAGUCCGUAUCGCUGGCCAUAGAUUUAUCCUUAACCGAUCAGCUGAACUGGCUUCUCUUUUGCGUCGGCAGAUUGUUUCGCCAAGCCCACCCGAUCGCUCUCAGCAAACCGUGUUUAUUGAGACCAACAGCAAGUGGAUUCGUUCGGACUCAUUCUACAUGGCGGCUCAGCGCCUUUAUGGUUUGCCGCUCUUGCCGUAUCCCGGCUCUCGCAACCACCAUCCCGACUCUGGGGAACUGACGGAUGCCGGCUCGAAUGUCGAGCAGCUGGACUUUGCGCUCUCGUAUGCCGCAGCUGGUCAUCUCAUUGGCUGGGUACCUGUCACUAAGCGUGGAUGUGAGGUAGCCACCCAACUUAUCGACUGGCAGACGAUUGAGCGAGUUUUGGAGUUUGCACUGGAUGGUCACCGCGACCAGGGAACACACGAUACUUACCGAUAUGGAGAAGGCUCUAAGAUUAUCCUCGAUGCUGUCGUCACUUUCAUCGUGCACAACUUCCCACCCACCUUUGAGCUGCAUACCGAAGUGAUUGCUCCCGUGCAAUACGCGAGACUACCUAUGCAUGCCCCACCCCCUAGCCGACCGUCAGCGCAGCAAAGCACGGAGGACAAGCCGGUGGUGCAGCUUGGCAAGGGACGACGCUCGCAGAAGCUCAGCAACAUCCAGUUUGGCGAUUUGACUGUUAGUGAAAGCAACCCUACCUCGGCGACGGAAACACCGAAAGCGUCCCGCCCUGCGCAACCAGUCUCGCAUGCCGUGUUGUCUCGGAUUUUGCUCAACAUUCCGUUUACGCAGCUCAAGAUGAUUCUGGAAUCCGCCGGGUCGGGAAAUGUUAAUGGUUGGGCCAACGCCGAGUCGCGAUACCGCAUUGUAAAGGCUGCAGUGGACGAGCGCGAGGCCCGCCGCGUCAGAGCAGUAGACGCCGUCGCUGACGGCCGUGUUUUGGACGCCGAGGAGCUGCGUGCCAGCCUGAGAGCACCCGAGCCUCGUCAUAUGCCGCAAUGGGGCGCGCUGGGCUGGCACGAGGAGAUGCUGCCCUACGGCAACCCAGAUGGUCCUUCUCUGGGACGGAAGUGGGCUCCCCUGUCAGCACCGCAAGGCGGGCCUGUUGCUGACUAUCCUUGA